UUGUGCUCUGACGAACCUAUAGACACACUUGUCAUACAAUGGACACCCUUAUUUUAUAUGGUCAAAACAAGGUAUGAGUAAUCCAGAAUAUUUGCACGUUGAAACCAUCAAGUGAGAAAAAGCACCGAAAAAGAAAGCGAAGAAGAAGAAAAUUGUGUCACCGAUGAUACCAAAAAGAUUGCCUGAGAUAUGACAUUUGAAUACGGGAUUCUUAUUGCUAUGGUGUGGUGCAGCGAGGUCUGCAAAGUAUACGCAACGGGGACAGCAGCAUAUUCGAGUUAUUUUGUGCUGGCGGAGCACGGGAAGUACAAGACGGUACAACACCGUGCUAUCGCCUCCUUGGUCCAGGAAACGAGGCGGCAUUGCGCGGCAGCCUGUCUGCAGGAAGAUCGGUGCUGGCAGUUCUGCUACGGGCCUUCCACAGGGCAAUGCAUCCUGGAGGAUGCCUCCUUCAUGUCACUGUCUGGACGUGGAACUGACAACUGCACCUACUACAACAGACGAGUGUGCAACAGCUCGUACAGGCUGACUUCAUUUCACCAGCACGUAUUCCCAUUCCCGGCUUUCAAUGAGGAGUUUGUGCUAGACGCUUCCGUACAGUGCCAGGCUUUCCCUAUGAUCAUCUUGUCUGAAGAUGGCACCAAGGCGGGCACCAAGUACCAAAUAAUACUUGGUGGGACUACCAAGAUCCGCAGAUGCACUCAGUGCUCCGUGUUGAAAAGUGUACAGACCCCAGGUCUAGUGAGUCAGUAUGAGAUGCGACGCCUUUGGAUGAGGUACAACCACGGUACCUUCCUCUUGGGCAGACACAAUGAUGCACCAUUCUUGCAGUGGACUGACCCGACACCUGUGGCUGCCCAGUUCGUCGGCUUCUCUAACUGGGGUAAGCCCGCGACCUGGGUAGCCCAUCAUACCUGUGAGUGAAGGCCUGCGCCGUUAAGUCGUUUACAUCUCGAAAGUCUUACGUCCUCGUAUUGGUCUCAUGUUCCAUUUUUGGUUCCAUUGGCCUCUACGUCCCGUAGGUUCAUACGUCCGCCUGUUUCGUUGUCUCAUCGGUUUUUUUUUUAUGUCCAACUGGACCUACAUCCCUCUGGUCCUACCCAAAGCUGGACCUUCGUCCCAUUGAUCCAGCGUCCAACUACGUUUCAUUGUUUCUUUGUCCCACUGGUCGUUAAGUCCCAUUUGUCCUACUUCCAAGCUUAUGAUAUAUGCAGUUAGUCCCAUGUCACAUUGGACCUACACCCUAAUGGUGAUACGUCCCAUUGUGUAUUGUCCCAUUGGUCCCAAGUUCCACCUGUUUCAUCGGCCUUCACGUCCAAUUGCAUUAUAGAAAUUAUUAACAUCGCUGGACUGUGUUAUACCACGAUUUGAAGGGAUGUUUGAGGUAGACUUAGAUUUUAUUCUCAUCUACAUGUAUAUAUAUGUGCAUGUUUUAAUAGGCAAAAUUAAUAUCUGCCAAGAUGCCUCCAAUAAAACACUCCGACGACGACCACAAAGAAACCAUUUUGCUGUAAAACUACAGUAAGACGUAGCUAAGACUGGGUAAAACUACGGUUUGGCAAAAAUCAUUUUUUGAAUAAGGUUGUAUUAUGUUUUUCCUGCUUUGUCGGCAAUUGCUUGAAGUUUGCUUACAAUCUGGGCACGAUCAAGCUGAACGUGAGUCCCAACUCUGCUAAGAUCCGAUCAGAUCGUUCUGCGAUGUAAAAGAGUUUGAUAUGAUAUGAUAAUGGUAAUACAAUGUUGCUGCAAAAAAUGUGUACGGUACGCUCCAAUAAGCAAUCUGCUGUCACGUUACCGAACAUUUCCAAUACAUGUAUAUGUUAGAUGGAAGGAUGCACCCUAGCAGAGCGUUGUGGGAACGGCAAAAGUUGUUUCCGCUGAAGAUGCAUUGGUACCAUGUCUAUGGAUCGAAACACGACGCUGCCGUCUUGACUAGGUUGUUAAUACGCUGUCAAGGCGAUUUGAAACCAUAUUACAACCGUCCAACGUAAGCCUUGAACAUGUUUAAUAUUUUGGCACCAACGUCACGUGUAUUAUGACCCUACCAUAUUACGUCGCUAUCAGUUGCUAAAUGAGUUCUAACAACGAGACACAAGACAUCACCACGAUUGGCCACCCAUCCUGAUUUUUUUGAAGGCGUAGUAAGAUCAUGUGACUGGGGUUUAUUUUAAUCACCGUUGUUGUCCACAGGCUUGUUAAAAGACUGCUCAAACGUCCAGUGGAUGAACGUUUAACCCAAAUGCCUAACUUGUCCACAUCUUAUGAAAUUUCGUGAAAGUGUUGCAGGAAAAAAGUGACAUUUAAUCGUUUGGUUUUUAAUAUUAGGUAGAACAUAUAUCAACAUCCAGAGGUAAACCUGUACUGUACCUUUUUGGUUUAUAGUUUUCCAGAAUGAAAGUCCGUGUUUGAUAUUGUUACCUUUACUUUUUGGGCUUGCCGAAUAAAUAUAUGUCAAUAUGCCUUGAUAAUGAAACACCCUGCAACAGGUGGACAGCGAUGAAAGUACUUCCCCCCGCCUUUCAAUGUUUUGAAUGAAUUAUACAUUGAUCCAUUUGGAGAAAAGUAACUUCUUACCUGCUAAGGCAGAAAGAGUAAUAACCCCCGAUUAGGACCUGUCAAGAUAUGUACAUGGGAAGAACGAGUAGGAAACGGGUUCUCUUGUGAUACCAGAUAACUGCGUGUAACUUAAUGCCUUGAGGAGAUAUGACACGAAAAAUAUGACAGGAAAUACCACGGCUAUCAAAGCAUCCUUUCCAGAAAAAAAACUGCUUUGAAAAAAGAGCACGCACCCCGCCACCAACAUCAACAUUAGGAAUGCUGUGUGAGCACCCAUGUUCGCUCUCGAUUUAAUUACCACAGCAGACAAGCUGUCGCCAGGAAAUGGCACCUAAGCUUGACUAGUGUCUCCAAACUUUGUUUCCUUAAUUUCGUCCCCGCAUUAAAAAAAAAUGCAUUGAAAUCGAAGGCCUGAAGUCAAUCUGAACAAACUAAAUUUUUCCCGACAUUGUUCGGUGGCAACACUUUGGGACAG